AUGCUCGGCUGUAAAUACUUGGGAGGUGUUGUCACUGGGGGCAUUUAUCGGGGUGCACUGGAGCAUUCAUUUUCCAUCAUUAGGCGUCUGCUGGUGAUAUCCGCGGGGCAGGACUGCGGCGGUAGACCUGGUGAAAUAUGGUUUGUCCCGGGUUUGAGAGGCAGACCUCCCCUUCUGAAACCCAAGCCGACGGGAGUCCUGGAGCCCCCCCGCUGCUGUCUGCUCCACACUUUACCAUGGACGUCCAUUCAUUCAUACAACCACUACGUCAACAAGAGGCUGCCUGUGAGCCUGGUAAAAGGCUGGUUAGUAUGGCGUCUGCUGCUGGAGCUGCUCAGUGUUGAGCUAAUGGCACAGAUGGAACAGGCCUGGAGCAGGGCCCCACUGAGCAGAAGGAAGGCACUCGCUCUCAUCCAGACCGACUACAUCAGAGUUCGCCUUGACGCGCAGGCCGCACAACAAUGCAAAGCAAGCUGA